AUGGCAACUCCGGCUCCGCCACUGGGGGACAUUCUCGCAACGUUUCAGCUUGAUGACCUUAAAGAGCCAGCAGAUCAAGCAGCUGGUCUUCCUAUAAUCACCAAGUGUCGGUAUCUAGCAUCCUACAACUGGCUUUACCGAGCAGAGCCUGAAUCUUCGUUCCAGCCACCGGCUUGGACACCUCCCUCAAAGCCUCCUCAGCUCCAAGAAGAUUCCGGUCAAUACUAUCGUGACCUGAAUGCCGCGCGAUCUCUCGCCUACCCGCUGGAGCCGAUGAUCCAAGCAGUCUUGACAGACAAGCCCGGGUUUAACUUGGCCAACUUGGACAUCAUUGGGUGCGGUAGCACAAUGGGCAACCUCCUUCGCUUUGUGCGUGAGCAAGACAAGCCUUUCAGGAUGCUUGUUGAGGUGGUCGGAAACACCGUCUUCUUGAUCCGGGGAGAGAACUCGCCGACUGAAAAGCUCGUCGGUGUAUACGGAUAUGGACAUGCUUUUCCAGAGGCCAAUACCACAUGGAGCAAGGGGGUCAAAGGGUCUAUGUCUCAGCAACGGUUGAUACAGUAUGACUUUGCAGGCAUGAAAUGUUUGGUGCGGUUCGAGGCAGACGGCUAUUUGCCCGACUUAGCCCCAGACGUGGCCAAAUAUCACAUUCCCGAGCCAGAUGAAGUUAACGCGGACGAUGUCCUGGCUUCCAUCAAAGAAGCUACCAUCUCGAUCAUUCACCUGGCCACCACAGAUGAUGACCCGAAGAAGCUCCGCAUCGAAAGGAAAGGUCGCCAUAUCCCACAAGCCGCGGUGUAUGACUUGAAAACUCGCUCGAUCAAGAAAAAAGACGUCGACACCCUUGGAGAAGAGAUUGCUCGAUUGUGGAUUGCACAGAUUCCCAACUUCAUUCUUGCGUACCACAAGUUUGGUAAGUUCGAAGAUGUUCAGGUCCAGGACGUGAGUGAGAAGGUGAAGUAG